UUGGUUAAUAUAUUCAUAUAAUUAAUUCUAUAUUUUGCUUGCUCUAGUGUAGGCCGCAUAAGCUGUUGCUAAGGGCUAAUAAUUCGUUAGGAUCUCUCUAGAAAACGGGGGCACUUUUCUGUGUAGCUAAACGACAGGUGUGGCAGUGUGACACAAUGCUCCCAACACAGUAAGCUCCAGGGAGUUUGAUAGGGAAAAUGUUCUGAAGGCACAUGCAGUGGAACAGGCGACCGGCAACACAAAGACAACGUGAAUCGAUCCCUUCAUCUUAAGGAUAAGGCAUAUAUGGUGUCAUACAACAUUUUUAAUCAUCCAGAAUGAGCUGGAUCCUUAAAACCUGGUUUGCUGCUUCCUUUCUUGGACUUAGUUUAGAACAUAACAGCUUUUUUCAAGGAUAUGAGUUAUCUCCAUCUGGUUACCACUUAUGUUCUGAAAAUCAGACUGAAACCACCAGCAAGGUGAUACCCUAUCAGAUAUCCUAUUCGGUCCCCAUGUCAUGUGGAGGUUGGUUGCCCUGGAAGAUGUGUCAGAGAACACACUAUAAAAUGGGUUAUCGCACUAUGGACUUCACAUCGACAAAAAGUACUUUCAAGUGCUGUGAUGGGUAUGAACAGGUUAGCAACUACUGCGUCCUGCGUGAGUAUCCCAGCUGUGUUUCUGCUACAAUGUCAGCUUUCAGUCGGACUGCGGAGUUCACUGCCAAACCUGGGCACUGCCCUGCGACGCAGACGGGAAUUUCGGGUCCUCGGUGUAAAUGGGACACGGAUUGCCCAGGAUGGCAGAAAUGCUGUGAGGCUAACGGCUACUUUUACUGUGCCAGCCCUGUGGCUAGUGAACGAAGAUGGUGCCUUAAUGUCACCGUUGUUGUGAGGAUGAAUUUCUAUGACAUGCAUUCUUUGGACAAAGGAAUCCUGAACCACACUAGACUGUUGCACUCUGUGAUAACAGGGGCUCUGGGCCUCCCCGGUGUCUCCGUGCACCACGUUCGCUCCCGCUUGGCAGACUACUCCAGCGCAGCCUCCACGCUGUUGGUGUGCUCCUCCCUGGCCCUCUCCCUGUCCGAGAGUGCCACACGACUGCAGCCUCUCCCCAGCCAGAUUGAGGAAGUCUCCGCAGUGGAGGUACAAGAUGCGGAUGAAUGCGCCGAGGCGGCGCUCCGUUGCUGCUCGCCGAACGCGCGCUGCAUUAACACCGAGGGCACUUACCGCUGCACCUGUCAGCCGGGGUUUAUCGAUAUGAACGUCAGUAAUGCAGGUGUACACUGUCGGGCUUCCCAGCGCCCCACAAACGGAACACGCAGUAAACUGGCAAGAUUAAACAAUACUGUAGUCAUCGUGGCCUCGACACAACGCACGUGGGAUAACCUAACCAGCAACCAUAUGCUGCUACCCAAUGCGUCUGACCCUUGGACGACAGCCACGGGCCCUCCAGAGCUCUGGGCAAUACAUUCGCCAAGUUCUCCGAGCACUGCAAUGGCCAUGAAAACCAGCACCGUGAUGCUUCAGGGCAUCCCCACCAAUUUUCAGUCCUCCAACUCCACCCCCAAUUCCAGCUCAGACACCUUCUCCUUCAGCAACCCCCCCCCUGGAGCCAUGCCCCAGCAUGCAGCACCAGCUACAGGCUGUCCAGCGGCCAUCACCAACGUGAUGCUGGUCAAUGUCACUGGCUCUUCCUUCUAUGUGACCUGGGCUGUGAACUCCACGGCCGGUCACACUUUCCGAGUGGAGGUGCUGGAGAUGUCGGUUCUGGUGAGGGCGACGCAGACUGGUUACCCCGCUUGGGGAGUGACUGGCCUGGAGCCUGGGGUACUGUACAGUGUCUCGAUCACUCCUUUGGCCUGCGGUGCCGAGGGUGUCCCGGUGAGACAGCAUGUCAGGACAGGCAAGUGUCAUAACUCAGAAUUUCGAGGAUGUCAUUGCCAGCAUGUACAAACACACUGGAAUCAGUUGUUAGAGACUGAGCAUGAUGUUGUCUACUCUGGGAUGCAUUUCACAUCUGCAGCUGCGCAAACCGUGUCAGCCAUGGCCCGCUUGAGCAAUCUGGUGUUCAAGGAGACCUUCCUGAAUCUGAGCAGCCAGGACUACAUCAAUUUUUGCCACUCCUUUAAGAGAGAGAUUCUGUCAUCUCUGUCCCCGGACAUCCAAGCCCUGGUGAAUUCAAGUGUCAUCAGGAUCCACAUCUGGGGCCUAGCCCAGGGCAGCGUGAUUGUGAACUUCGGGAUCGUGUUCUCUCCGGAUAACUCUCUGAACAUCACCAACGUGUCCUAUUCUAUUCUGACAUCCCUGCAGAGCAAUGGCCCAUACAAUGUGGAGUUUGAUAUCACAGAUUUUGAUGAAUGUUCCCAGAAGGCAGAUGACUGCUCACCGUUUGCGACCUGUGGGAAUACAUUUGGCUCCUACACCUGUGUAUGCAAUAAGGAGUACAGGGACACUAAUCCUGAUUGGCCAGGCCGUACCUGUGCAGCCAUUGCUGUGACCACGCCUCCAUCACCACCAGCGGCCACAGUAUCCGCUGUCCAUGAUGGCUUCGAACCCGCAGGAAAUUCUUCCAAAACCACUUUACCGUCACUGGAGUAUCACACAUCGGGGCUUUCACUUGCGGAGGCCAUCGGUGUCAAGUGCAGGGCCAACGAAAUAUCCGUCACCAUCCUGAAAGAGUUUCUCCAGGCUCGGAAUAUCACAGAGUCUUCUCUGUACCUAGGAAUGCCCAGCUGUGGGGUCUCGGGGGGGAAUGCGAGUCAUGUUGAACUGACCGCUACGCUGGGCAUGUGCAACAUGCAGUUCCUGAAUAACAACACUCACAACAUAGCACAAAUAAAGUUAUUCAAUAAUUUGAAUACUGCUCCGGCUCUGAAAACGGUCCUUGCCAUGCCAGUCAUGUGCAUUUUCAGCAACAGCAUGCUUAUUUCAACUGGAUACAACCCUAUUGGGUACAAUAUGAUCAAAGAUGUGGUUGAGGGCUCUGGGAUGUUUUAUGUGAGAUUUCAGCUCUUCAAUGGCAGCAGUCCACUUUCUCAGAAUUACACGCUGUCCCCCAAUGAUGAAGUAAUCAUUGAGAUAGGAAUAAACUCUACGCUGCCCCAAAUCAAGACCGUCAUUAAUAAUUGCUGGGCUACCCCGAACAGUGAUCCCUUUGACUCCAAAAAAUACACAUUCCUGGAAAACAGUUGUCCAGUCUCAAAUAUGUCCACGACGGUCCUCGCAAACGGGAAUUCCAGCACAUCGCGACUCGCCAUCCGUAUUUUUUCUGCUGUGGAUGAGAGUGUCAUCUAUUUGCACUGUCAGAUUCAGAUCUGCAUUGAGACUGAAGCAACCAUCUGCAAAACUGAUUGCCUGAAACGCGCUGCAAGGUAUAAUAAGCUGGCUGGAACAGGCAGAGCAUCAUGUGGGCCCAUCUUUAAGGCUCCAGCUGGCAGCACAAACCCGAUUGGUUUUCGUGACGUGGGCUACAUCAUCUUGGGGAUCGGGCUGUUUCUACUGUGUCUCGUCGUGCUGCUGUCAUCCGUCUUCUACUACAGGAAUCGCAUUGGACGCUACACUUUCAGUUUCAGGCCCAAGCAAGAGAAAUUUACCUACCAUAUUUUUGACACAUAAAUAUAUUAAAUACAUCAGUGUACAUGUAAGUCGUUCUUAGAACUUGUUAUUGUUACCUACGUUUAUGGGAGGGCAGGUUGGCAUUAUGGAAUUUAUGUAUAAUAUCUAUAAUAUUAAAACAUUUUAAAUUAAUAUUUUAAGUAAAAUUUGAAUAUUUAUUUUUGCAUAUAUCAGUAAACAUAUAUCAGUAACAGUAAUCAGUCCACAAUGUAACUAGAUCCUAAUGAACCAUCAUUCCUGGUUUUUGGUCAAGUGAU